AUGGACUCCCACGGCACGGGCUCUCGCGCCUGGCAGCCCUAUUCGCCUCCUUCUCCUUCUGAUCAGCACCUCAGUCACCGAAUAUCAAAUAUCUCUGACAUCACAGACUACGAUACCUACUCAAGCCCAGCAGAGACAUAUAAUCCUCCUCUCCGAGGCAGGGAGUCACUCGUUUCACUUCCGUCAUCGCACGACUUGAGGGGCAACACAUAUGCCCAGCAGAAUGUAUCGCGAUCCUCUUCAAAUGUCUCCGGCUGGUCCUUGCCCUUCGCAGGUUACGGCGGUGGGGGCGGUGGUGCUUAUCAGCCCGUAGAUGGGGGCGGAGGAUCGCAUUCGCAGCCUCCCCGGAACUUUGGGCGCGGCUACUCGCUCAGAAGGAACCACGGUACCAUCGUUGAGGAGGACGACGGCCCCCGAGAGAGCAUCGAUAUGGCAACACUGCUCCCGGCCGCCGCCCCCAUGGGCACCUCUGAUGCAUACGCCCCGCUCGCCAAGGAUGACCAGAACGGCUUUGACGGCAUGCCGUACGACGUGACGGGCUUCGUGGGACCGGCAACAAGCCAGGAUGAAGAAUUCCUCAAAAGGCGCCAGCAGCAAGAAGCAAGCGGGCACCUCACCGGCGGCCUGGGCUCUGGCUUUCCCUCAUCCGGGGCCGUUAUCAAAGAAUCUGACCUGCUGGCGACCAACAACACGGUAGAUCGCAGCCUUACGCGAUCGUUUACAAAGAGGCGGCCAGUGGGACGGCGCGCUACCAUCAAGGCCCUUGCGCAGGACGAGGCGAACAAGCGUGGCGAGGUCGUCGAGGUGAUCAUGGAGGAGUCCGAACCCAUGCCAUCAGAUGUUGACCUCAGCCUUAUGGUUGGCCCGAACCCGGACGACGCCUACCCGGGCAUGCGGCGCUCAACACUGCCGGUCAAGCACCAGAGGACCGAGGUCUUCUUCCCCAAGCCCGACUGGAAGCCCUUCUCCAUGAGGUGGCCCUAUCUCCUGAUGCUGAUCAUCCUCUCCAUCCUCCUCGGCGGCACCCAGGAAGUGGUCUACCAGGUAUCCACCAGGAACCCUCUUCUGACCUUCAAAUCGCCCAACGACAUCAACCCUUUCAACUAUUUUGCCUUCAAAUUCGCGCCGACGCUACUUUCUGUUUCGUACGGCGUGCUGUGGCAGAUUACCGACUUUGAGGUGAAGAGACUGGAGGCAUUCUACCAGCUUUCCAAGGAGGGCGGCGCCCUUGCGGCCGAAUCUAUCAAUGUGGAUUACAUCACGCACUUCAGUUUUCUCCGCCCCUUCCGGGCCAUCUACUGCAAGCACUAUGCUGUGGCGGUGUCGUCCAUUGCGUCCAUCCUCGCCAUCUCCCUCGUCCCGACACUGAGUGCCGCCUCCAUCUCGUUGCAGCCUGAUCGCGACGAGCGACAGCUUCAUCCGGAGGCCGAGAAGUUCAUCACCAUUAACGCGGUGUGGUCGCGCUUCUUGACGGUCCUUCUCUUCAUAAUCGCGUUCCUAGGGUGCAUAUUGUUCUGGCAGCUCCAGACCAGGAGGUCCGGUCUCCUGGCAGACGUGAAGGGCAUCGCCGGCCUGGCCUCGAUGGCUGUCUCGGCCCACAUCCUGAUGGACUUCAAAGACAUGGACGUGGCUACGCACCAGGACAUCCAUCACAAACUGAAGAACCAUCGCUACAUCCUCAAGAACUCCACCCUCGCCCCCGACGACGAGAAUCCCGUCUCGUCGCAGGAACAGGAGCGGUACAAGGAGAACCACCUCUCCAAGAACCCUCACCCUCUCAUGCUUACCAUCUGGGGGUUCGGCCCCUUCAUACUGGGCAUCAUCCUGUUCGCAGGCCUGAUACCGGCGUUCCUAUUCACCCCGGUCAACGCCCUGACGGACAAAGCGCCCGGCGUUGUUACGGCCAUCGCCGUCUGCAUCAAGAUCUGCUGGGGCGGCCUCGACACGUCGGUCCGCAUGAUGGAGCCCUACUACAUCCUCUCGAAGCGCCACGCGCCGGCCACGACGCUCAGCCUGGACUACACGGCGAUGCCGUUCGCCCUGGUCCCCGUCAAGGCCCUGAGCAACAGGCACAUGCUCGUCUUCUUCGUCGGCUUCGGCACCGUCAUGACGGAGCUGCUCACCGUGCUCGUCACCUCGCUCGCCACCGUCGAGGGCCGCGCCUUCACCUCGCUGCUCGGGGCCAGCGGCAGCCAGGGGCACCCCGGCGGCGGCGGCGGCGGCGGCAGCGACGCCUCGGACAGCAUCGAGGCCGGGCAGGAGACCGAGGUGUCGUUCUGGAUCACGUUCGCGCUCGCGAGUUUUAUACUGGCCUACAUGGCCGCCGUGGCCGCCGUCGUGUUCGCGCGCCGGCGCCACCCGUUCCUGCCGCGGCAGCCCAACACCAUCGCGUCGGUGCUGGCCUUUAUCCACCAGAGCAAGAUGCUCUACGACUUUGUGGGCACGGCGGGGGUCGGCGGCGCCGAGAUGGUGCGGCGGCUCGAGCGCGCGGCGCCGCGGGGCAAGACGUACGGGCUCGGCUGGUUCGAGGGCCGCGACGGGCAGCCGCACUGCGGCGUCGACCAGGAGGAGCUCAUGAGCAGCUACAAGGUCGGGUACGACUACGCCAAGAGCAACCGGCCGUGGGUCGAGCAGCCGUCCGAGUGGCUGUGA